AUGAAUUCACGAGAAACAGCAGAUUUAACACGAUUAAUAAGACUUCAUCCAUUACUCAAAGAUGAACAACGAGAUCGCAUUAAAAUUAUGAUUUCAGGAAAACAAUUUAUUGUACAAAAUCGACAAUUGAAAAAAUUUCCAGAAACAUUAUUGGGUAAUGAAGAUAAACGACGCGUAUUCUACGAUGAUAAAUCAAAUCUGUAUAGAUUUAAUCGACAUCCAUCGGUAUUUGAAUCAAUACUUUAUUAUUAUUUGAAUCCUGGAGUUUUGAUUCGACCACCUCAUAUUGAACCUGAAAUUUUCUAUGAAGAACUACGUUUUUGGAAUAUAAAUGAAAAUCUCAUCGAGGCAUUUAUCGAAGAAGACAUGACACCUUUAGAUGAUAUUCGUAUUUUGCCAGUACAAAAAUGGCGUCGGAUUAUUUGGAGAACUCUUGCAUACCCGGAAAGCUUUCAUUUUCCAUACGAUAAAUUAGUCAUAGGAACAUAUAUGUUCAUCACAUUAGUAUCGUGCAUUCCAUUUAUGAGCGAAAUUAUACCAACUGUCACUGAAUUGAAUAAACUUCGGAAUGUACUUGGCAUCAAACAAAUAUAUUUGCCAUUGUAUAUGCGUUCAUUUUAUACCAUUGAAAUUAUAUGUAUAACAAUAGUUUCAAUUGAAUUAAAUUUACGAAUUAUAUCAGCACCGAAACUGCCUCUUAUUCUCUAUGAUAUAUUUAAUUUUCUAGAUUUGAUAAUUCUUUUGUCAGGUGCAAUUUGUUUGAUUGGUUAUCAUUUACAUAAUAUUCGUUAUAUAAAUAAUUUUCUUUCAUUUUACCAUUGGCUACUUGUAUUGAAAUCUUUUCGUCCCUAUCGAUUAGCACGGCAUAUGUUAAAUUUAAGAUUAUUAUAUAAAGCAAUUGCUAUGUGUUUAAAUGAAGUCUGCGCCUUGAUUAUUUCCGUCAUAUUCUUCAUGGUAUUGUUUGGUACGUUGAUUUAUAUUCUCGAUAAUUCAGAACCGGAAUCGAACACAAGAAAUAUUCUUGAUGGAUUUUGGCUUGCAUUUAUUACAUUAACCACGUUAGGUUAUGGUGAUGUAUAUCCGCGUUCGUUCGAAGCACGAAUAGCAGCUGGUGUAUGCGCUUUAAUAGGAAUAAUUGUAUUCAGGUGUGAUCCAUGA